ACCUCAUACCUGACUUAUCAGCUGUUGUCAACACAGCAUUUACAUCGUUAACGUGGGGGAUUUAUGGGACUAAUCUCCAUCAUGGCACUGAGAGGAGCCGUGUGCCGCCUCCUGGUCCGUCCUCACAGAUGUGGCUUCCUGUCAGCCUCCAGAGCUCAGGGCACUGCAGCGCCUGCUGGUCGCAGUACAGAGAAGACUGAGCAGACGUCUAAAGCACCUAAGGUCCAGUUCAGCUGGCGCGAUGCCCUGGACCUGGAGGGCCAGCUGACCGAGGAGGAGAUCAUGAUUAGGGACUCGUUCCGGACCUACUGCCAAGAGAAACUCAUGCCUCGCAUCCUGAUGGCAAAUAGAAACGAGGUGUUUCACAGAGAAAUUGUGUCCGAGAUGGGAGAGAUGGGCGUCCUGGGCCCAACCAUUAAAGGUUAUGGCUGUGCUGGGACCAGCUAUGUGGCCUAUGGUUUGAUUGCCAGAGAGGUGGAGAAAGUGGACAGCGGCUACCGCUCAGUCAUGAGUGUGCAGUCGUCACUGGUCAUGCACCCCAUUAACGCCUAUGGCUCAGAGGAGCAGAAACAGAAGUACCUCCCCAAGCUUGCUCGUGGAGAGAUCCUGGGCUGCUUCGGCUUGACCGAGCCCAACCACGGCAGCGACCCCGGCAGCAUGGAGACCAGAGCCAAGUACAAUCCAUCCAGUCGCACCUACACUCUCACUGGCUCCAAAACCUGGAUCACCAACUCUCCGGUGGCGGACAUCGCUGUUGUCUGGGCCAAAUGUGACGACGGGAAGAUCCGCGGCUUCAUCUUGGAGCGUGGCAUGAAGGGCCUUGCCACGCCAAAGAUUGAAGGGAAGUUCUCGCUGAGAGCCUCGGCCACCGGCAUGAUCCUCAUGGACGAGGUGGAGGUGCCCGAGGAGAACCUGCUGCCUAAUGUCUCUGGCCUGGGGGGUCCUUUUGGCUGCUUGAACAACGCUCGCUAUGGAAUCGCAUGGGGCGCUCUGGGUGCAGCAGAGUUCUGUUUCCAUGCAGCUCGUCAGUACACACUCGACAGGAUCCAGUUUGGCGUGCCGCUGGCAAGAAAUCAGCUGAUCCAGAAGAAAAUGGCCGACAUGCUGACAGAGAUCACCAUCGGCCUGCAGUCCUGCCUGCAGCUGGGGAGACUUGUCGACCAGAAAAAAGCAGCCCCAGAGAUGAUAUCCAUGCUGAAGAGGAACAGCUGUGGUAAAGCCCUGGACAUCGCCAGGCAGGCCAGAGACAUGCUGGGAGGCAACGGCAUUGCAGACGAGUACCACGUCAUCCGCCAUGUCCUCAAUCUAGAGGCGGUCAACACGUACGAAGGCACUCAUGACAUCCACGCCCUGAUCCUGGGAGGUGACGGAGCAGUGAGCAUCAUCCCAGGGGAUUAG